UGUGAUUGCCAGCCAGGGGCCGGCGCACUUGAGCCUAAGAGCUGGGGAAGAGCGAGCGAGAGAGAAGAGAGAGAGAGAGAGAGAGAGGCUCUCCUGCUGGUUGGGUUUGGUUGUGGCAAGCCCCGCAGGAUCCAGCCAUUUCUUCCACUGACAACACUCCGGGAAGGAGGAGCUUCCCCCGCGCCGCGUAGAAGGCGUCAGAAUCCUCAAUUUCCAACUUAGCAUCUUGGCAGGACCUUUCGCAAAGCCAAAAGCAGAUCUCGAAAAAAGCCUCUCGCUCCAAAGGCAAAAAAAAAAAAAAAAAGAAAAAGGCAGCCCUGCUAGCUAGCGAGCCGAGCGAGCAGCAGCGGCAGCAGCCGAGAACCAGGAGCAAGGUGCUGGGCUGCUGCUGCUGCUAACCCGCCCGCUGCCCCACCUGGCAAGAGGGCUUAAAAAAAAAAAAGUCACCUAGAAAAAUCAAAGCGAGCGGCAGCUCCUGGCUAUUUUGCUGCCCGGGUAUAUGUAUGUGUUUGGCCAUGUCGUAUCCUCAGGGUUACUUGUACCAGCCCUCCGCUUCCUUGGCGCUCUACUCGUGUCCGGCUUACAGUACCAGCGUGAUUUCGGGACCCAGGACCGAUGAACUUGGCCGAUCUUCUUCGGGCUCCGCUUUCUCGCCUUAUGCCGGAUCUACCGCUUUUACUGCCCCUUCUCCCGGUUACAACUCCCAUCUCCAGUACGGCACAGACCCGGCAGCCGCCGCCGCCGCCGCCUUCACUUCAUACGUGGGCUCACCCUACGACCACACACCAGGUAUGGCAGGUUCCCUGGGGUACCAUCCCUACGCGGCGCCCCUGGGCUCCUACCCCUAUGGAGAUCCAGCCUACCGAAAAAAUGCCACCCGGGAUGCCACCGCCACCCUGAAGGCCUGGCUGAACGAGCACCGCAAGAACCCCUACCCCACCAAGGGCGAGAAGAUCAUGCUGGCCAUCAUCACCAAAAUGACCCUCACCCAGGUCUCCACCUGGUUCGCCAACGCCCGGCGGCGGCUCAAAAAGGAGAAUAAAAUGACCUGGACCCCCAGGAACCGGAGCGAGGACGAGGAAGAAGAGGAGAAUAUCGACCUCGAGAAAAACGACGAGGACGAGCCCCAGAAGCUGGAAGAAAAGGGCGAUCCGGAGGCUCCCGAGACAGGAGGAGGAGAAGAGCAGAAGGCAGCCCCGGGCUGCGAGCGGCUGCAGGAGCCCCAUUCCCCGGCGGGCCAGGAGGCCGAGGGCGGCCUGAGUGACUCGGAUUGUAAAGAGCCUCCGGAGGAGAGGCUGGAGGGGAGGCCGGGCCCCCCCAAAGCGGCCGGCCCUGCGGCCUUGGUGCAAUGCCCGGCCAGCCGGAUCCUGCAGCAGGCGGCGGGUGGCGAGGAGCUCCAGCACCAGUACCGGCCCCCUUCAGCAGCCGCCGCCGCCCCCCACCCGGGAGAGCUGCACCCCAUCGCCCCCUCCAGCAACAGCACGUCGGUGAUCCACUCGCCGCAGCAGGCUGCCCUCGCCAAACCCAAACUCUGGUCCCUGGCCGAGAUCGCCACCUCCGCGGACAAAUCGAAAGAGAGCAGCAGCGAGGUGUCUCCGGGAGCGGGGCCGAACCAGGGCCCUCCCUUGGCCGGGAGCAGCACCUCGCAUUCCCCGUCGCGGUCCCCCUCCUCCCAGUGCCCCUUUCCUAACAGCGCCGUCCUCUCGCGGCCCCUUUACUACGCGUCUCCGUUUUAUCCGGGCUACACGAACUAUAGCACCUUUGGGCACCUUCACAGCCACGCUGGCACCAACCCGGCCGCCGGAGCCCCCAGCAGCCAUUUCAAUGGAUUAAACCAGACUAUUUUAAACAGAGCAGAAACCUUGGCUAAAGAAACUAAAAUGGUCAGAAGCCAAUCCCAAGUAGAUCUUUGCAAAGACUCACCUUACGAACUGAAGAAAGGUAUGUCCAACAUUUAAUAUUGGCUUCUUCUCCGAUAACUCCCCUUGGGACUUUGGUUUUUUUAAUUUAUUUAAUGCUUUGGCAGUUAUUUUUCCACUAUCAAGAGAAAAACAAAACAAAAACAAACAAACAAAAAAAUCAAAGACACACUCCUAGUCAAAAGUUUAUAGUUCAUAGGAAAUGGCUGAGUAUAAAAGAACUCAGAAAUGUCUUAAUCAACUGAAAACAAAACAAAAAUUACACACAAAAGGAGAAAGAUUUGUAUUAAAUCUUAUUCUGUAUAUUUAAUGUAGCUUUUUGUAUUUAAAUUGAUAAUACAGUAUCUUUGAAGUAACUUAUGAAAUCAAGACACCUGUACAGGCAUUAAUGUUGUUUUUUUCGUAAUAUAAAUAUAUACAUUUGUGUCUUUUCCCGAAUUGUUUCAUAGUUUUAAAAUAUAUAUAUAAAUAUAUAUUAUAUAUACACACACGUUUAUUUUAACUUUUUUGCCGCCUAUUGAUUUUUUCCCCUUGGGUGUGAGCUAAAGUAUAAUAAAUUAAUAAAGGAAAUAGGUUAUACUUACUAGAUAAAAAACUGCAGUCGCUAUUGUUAAAUGCAAAUAUUUUAAUUAAAAGAAGAUUUUAACCGAAUCAAACACACUUGUUUUUGCACCGAGAAAAUGCAUACAUAACUGGUGACAAAAAUAACUUUUUAAAUGCUGGCUUGUUUAAAUGUGGGUUUUCAUUUAGAACAUUAAAUACCUGAAACUGAUUUUCAAAGUGAGAGAUGUCUAAAUGUGGGAAUGUUUAACAAGAGCGCCUACUUGUUGUGGUAAUUUAGGCUAAUUUGAGGGGGCAAAUAGUCAAAGAAUGAAAGGAUGAUAUAGGAGAUAAAAUGAAGACGAGAUGUAUUUAUGAGUAAGAGAUUAAAUAAGGAUAUAUAUAAAAAUACAGAAUAGAAACACCAAAUCGAAGUACAGUACCAGCUUUUAACCUAAUUACUUCCAAUCAGUGUCGUGUUUUAUGCAAAGUAAUCAGCUGGUGAACUUUGCUAAUGAGUUCGAUUUUAUGCCAGAUUUAGCCCUUAUUACUAUUUCAAAGGUGCUGCAGAGUUAUUAAGAAGAGAGCCGGGGAAUACACAUUAAGAUAUACACUAGGGGAAAGAUUCCCCCUCCCUCAAUUCAUUCCCUCUCCCCCGAAUUUUGCAUUGAUAUAUUUGGUUAAUUUGAUUAAAUUAGUGCUUCAUCGCCGCUGCAUAUUGCAAGCAUUGAUAGGAUUUGUAAAUCUGUCUGUCCGGAGAUUACCAUAUAUAAACGGAGGUUGAGGGUCGGAUUGGAAUGUUUCCCCACAUUCACAAGUAGGGGUCACACUUGUCCUGAAUUUCAAACCUACCCACUUUGAAACUGGUGCUAAAAAAAAGGGUGGGGGGAAGAAAGAUACUCAAAACGUAAUCAAGGAGCCUUCAAAUACACACUUCCACUAUACUAGACGACUCGAAAACAAAGGAAGAUAGAUUUCAGCUUUAUUAGAUACAAAUUGGACCAGGAAAGUUUAAUGCUCUGUUACCAGUUUAGGAAUUUUGUCAUCUCUCUUUUGUAAAUUUAAAAAAAAAGCAGCAAUUUUAACCAUUUUAAAAAAUCUGUUUUUCUAUCACUUUAAAACCAAAGUAAAAAAGGAAAUCUAUAGUCAAAUUAGAUAUUCUACAUUAAUUGAAGCCUGCACUUCAAACUACCUCCCACGGGUAUUUCAGGUUCUCAAAUCUUGACUUUCCCUGCCUUUGCAAUUAACUAAGCAGUGUGUUUUAUUCCAGAGCAAAUUUUCUAAUGUUCAAAAACUGUUACAUCACAAAGCUAUAGGAACAAAUUUGCUCUAUUCACAUCGGAUUUUCUGGGUGUCAGUUGUAUUCGAACCUAUCAUUGACAUUAAUUUGACUGGGAUAUAUCUGGUACCAUUUAAACAGAAGAGUACUGAAACACCCAUUUACUUUUUAAAUUAUUUUUUGUUUUUUUACAAGCCAGAUAAUUAUUUUGUAAUCGCUUCAACUUUGUUAGAGCUAUUUAUUAGCUGUAACAGGUUUAUUCAUGCAUAUUUACAUUUUACGGGAUAUUAAAUAGUAGUUUGUAUAUUCUGUUUUAAAAAUACAGUAAAUGAUCACUUGCUAUACCAUUUUUGUCGAUAAUCUGGUUUAAAGUCAAAAUUGUUUCAAGCUGAAAGUGUACAUAAUCAAAUAUUCAUAGGAUAAUAGUAUGUUAUUUUGUCACUUUAUAAAUUAUAAAUGAUUUUUUAAAAAAAACAAUUGAAUUCCACAAUCGGAUCAUUUAUUUACACUGGGGAAAAAUUAUACAGAGCUGCUUUUUGGGUGUUGGGGAGGAGAUUGAGAAUAAAUCAAAUUUAUUUAACUCACCUGCCUUGUUUAAAUUAGGCGAAAGUUUGGCUAGUUCUGGUAAACGAACUGCAGAACAGUGACAUCAGUUCGUGGAAUCAUAUUGCCUUUUUUUCUUUUCUUUUUUUUUAAAAUCACUUAGUAUUUUAUAAAACCUUAUCUCUCCGAGCGCUUUUAUUAAAGAUCGAGAUGAUAUUUUGUUGAACUCUACGUUAAAACGUCCAAAGUUCUCAUUGGAAUAGGAAAGUGGAUAAUCCCACAUAACGGUGCUUUAGAGACAACAGGUUAUACAGUUAAACAAGCAUUCCUAAAAUUAAUCUUUUGUACUUAGUCAUUUAUGAUGGAUUUUUUUUUUAAAUUGUCACUCUAUACACCUUUCUCCCAGAUGCUCUUUCUACCUCUGAAAAACUACGUUGGGAAUAAGUUUAGGAACCUCGUUUGUUAAAAAAACAAGUUCCUUAUAAUAAGGCGUAUUUUGAAUAGGUCUAUUAGCAAUCUCAAUAGGGUUUUCGUUUGAUGUAUAAAUUCCUAAGGGAACUAAUCCAAUUCCUCUAGGUUGCAGCUAUUCAGUUUGUCGCCUAUUUUUACCUAGUUAAGUCUUAACUAUGAUUGUAGAUUGUCAAUUUAAUAAAAACAAUUCUGAGCUUC